UGAUUAUAUUGUAUUGGUAGUCCUCCGCUCCUAAUGCUGCUUAGUGGUAAGAUAAUCCAAUAUAGUGGGCGGAGGUAAUUGACCCCAUGUUGAUAGAAGCGCUGGAAGGAAACCAAGCAAACCGGGGGUGGAUGACUUCAUGAGUGGCAGUGAUCGGCAGCUGUUCUCUUGUUGAACAGCAGAGGGCAACGCCAACAAUCUCUUCUCUGUUUCACCAAACUGGGCUACAGGUCAUCGCCUUGAUGCUUCACAAAGGCUGUAAGAAACAACACACAGCAGGCCUUUGGACUGAAGAUGAAUAGCUGUGGUUGGCAGAGGCGACCUCCGUGCCGGACAGCCCGCUGUUAUCGCCACUGAUCGCCAGGUGCAUCAGCUGAAAGGCAACAGCAGCUUCCACUGGAGACAAUACACAAAAGAGCGUGGAAACACAAACACACACAUACACACACUGCCUAAAUUCAUAUGCAUUUUUUUUCACAGUAUAUAACAAAUGUCCACUGAGUCCACGGAGGGCAUUUUAUGGCAUCAAAACGGCGCAUUAUUUAAUCCACCACACAAUGUAAUAAUACUUCAAUUGUGUUAUUAUCUGUAUUAUUAUUGUUGUUGUUGUUGUUAUUAUUGCUAUGAUGGCAGGUCAGGCCUCAGUAAAAUAUCACUUUGGGCUGUCUGCUUUAGGUUGCCUGUCUGUGUGUUGUUAUUGGACUGUGUGGAGCUCACUGUACUCUGCUCCAAUAGCAUCCCAAUAGCAGUGAAUGGAGGACUGAAAAAAAAAGUGUAGCCAUGCAUGCAGGAGUGGGAGGAUCUACUCGCUUCAAUCUCGAUCUCAGACUUUUGCAGCGACAGGGGCACAACCAACCAACCGUCUCUGUUACUUCCAAAGAGUUACUGCCGGGACAUCCUACACACACACACUCAUACACACACGCACACACACACACACACACACACACUAUACUAUCUUUGGAUUUGUUCUCAACUUUUACUUCUGCGCUUUUUUCCUUGGCGAGACUGUAAUCCCGUGAAGACAUUUUUCCAGACUUCUCCCGUCGGCUUAGGGGCGAGAAGAUAAAGCUUCCUCGGUCCUCUUAUCAUAACAGGUCUGGUGUCACUGGAGCGCCUCUCCGCGGGUGAACAGUCCGAGACGUGCAUCAUGCUAGACGGCAUUAAAAUAGAAGAUCACCCCCUGCGAUCGGGACAAGCCACACUCGGAGUUAUGCUCGGGACUGAAUGUCAUCACAGAUCCGUGUGUGAAGGAUGCCAGCGUCCCAUCUCCGACCGCUUCUUGAUGAGAGUCAACGAUUCCUCGUGGCAUGAAGAGUGUUUGCAGUGCACCGUGUGUCAACAGCCCCUCACCAACAGCUGUUACUUCAGAGAAAGGAAACUUUACUGCAAACACGACUACCAACAGUUGUUUGCAACCAAGUGCAGCGGCUGCAUGGAGAAAAUCGCCCCCACAGAGUUUGUGAUGCGUGCUCUGGAGUGCGUCUACCACCUGAACUGCUUUUGCUGCUGCGUGUGCGACCGCCAGCUGAGGAAGGGCGAUGAGUUUGUUCUGAAGGAGGGUCAGCUGCUUUGCAAGAUUGACUACGAGAGGGAGAAAGACUUACUCAGCUCGGUCAGCCCGGAUGACUCAGACUCAGAGAAAAGUGACGAUGAGGAGUUGGACAUCAAGCCAGAGAAAGGCAUAGGGAGCCAGGGGAAGGGGGAUGACAGCAAGGAUCCAAGGAGGCCCAAAAGACCACGAACCAUUCUGACCACUCAACAGAGACGGGCCUUUAAGGCUUCUUUUGAGGUCUCUUCAAAGCCCUGCAGAAAGGUGAGGGAGACUCUGGCUGCAGAGACAGGACUCAGUGUCCGGGUGGUCCAGGUGUGGUUUCAGAACCAGAGAGCUAAGAUGAAGAAGUUGGCAAGAAGACAGCAGCAACAACAAGAACAACAGAAUUCUCAAAGACUUGGCCAAGAGGUGAUGUCUAAUCGAAUGGAAGGGAUGAUGAACUCCUUCACACCGCUGGCUCCGCCGCAGCAGCAGCUGGUCGCCAUGGAUCAGAAUGGUUACAGUACAGACCCGUUCCAACAGGGGCUCACCCCCCCACAGAUGCCCGGGGACCAUAUGAACCCAUAUGGUAAUGAUUCUGCAUUCCAUGACAUAGACAGUGACACGUCCUUAACCAGCCUCAGUGACUGCUUCAUGGCAUCGUCAGAAGUCAACUCCUUGCAGGCCCGCGUGGGGAACCCCAUCGACCGCCUCUACUCCAUGCAGAACUCUUAUUUUGCGUCAUGAAAACAGAAGAGGAAGCUAACAUUAGCGCAGAAUAAACUGCCCAUCUCAACCUGAAGAGCGAUGGAUGGCCAGGACCUACGCUAACAUGGACAUGACAGAAGAAACACCUCCUUGCAGUAGCUCCUGGUUAUGUGUGGAAGCUUACUGAAAAGAUAGUAAAACCACUUAUUGUAGGACAGUGACGAUUCCUGGGGGAAAGACUUAAAUAUUGUUAGAGAUUAUUUGGUAGGAUUGCUUAUUUGUCACAGGAAAUAUUACUCUUUUCUUUGUUCACUUAAAGGAAAUAAGUAGAUAUUGAAGCCACUGAUUACACACUCUCAAGCCAAAUAACACAAAGAAUUUAUACAGUGCAUGAUCAAUUGUAAACAAAAAGUUUUUGUAAGCUCCCCCCUCCCUCCCUUCCUCCCCCAGUUAAGAUGUGGUGUUUGGACUGUUUCUUCUUUCACACUACAUGGGAUUCCAUGUUCACCGUUAGCAUUUUGAUCACUUUCCAUAGGUUUAGAUAUUGUGUUAAUAGUAAAUAGGUGCAGCAUGUCUGCAAGAGUGACUGUACAUUUGUGUAUGUAUGAGAGAAAGAACUGUUUAGCUGAGACAAAAGUGGAGAAUUUGGUGGACAAGUAGGAUCAGUGAAGUGUAAAUACUUUCCCCAGGCAAAUUGGAUGUGCAUGUUAAAAAUGGAAAGCAUUCUAUUUAUUUAACUAUAACAGGCUCUUGAAGGUACAUAUUAAAACUGAAAAGCUUUAUUUAAAAAGGAGAGCAUUUUUGUUGAGGAAUUAGUGAGUUCAUGAGUAUCACAGCUCAUCUGUAUACCUUUUUAAUAUGAAGAUUAACCCUCUUGUUUUUGUUUUAUUCAGCCAAGCUGUAAAUGGGCAAAGUUGCUAUUUAUUUCAUACAGACCAUAAACCUUUUGUUGUCAUUGUCCUAUGUGCAUUAUCAAAAUGUUAAAGUUGCUAAUUGACCAAAGUCGACUGGUUUGAUGAAUAAACAAUGUCUUUCUCCUGAUAAUGUUAAAUAAAUACCAUCAGUGACAAGUCAUCAAGUAUUACCAACUUUUGGGGCUCAAAAAUUAAGCCAGUGUGGGAGUGCCAAAAACUGCAGUUGCUCAAAUGACAACUUGAGGCUAAUUCCAAAAGAAAGUCAGUCCUUUUGAUGUUUUGCAGACAUGUGAUUAACCCUCUGAUGUUAACUUGUCUAUCAUUUUGGACAUGUGACAGUCAUGGUAUGAAUAAGGCCCCAAUCACACCGGCCUAGAGAACUGUCUGUGACCAUCCAGUAAUCUUUCGUCGUGAGGGGAAAAUUAGUAUUGCCUGACUGGUUAUUGGUAGUUGCUGGAGGUUGAUGGCAGUCGCUGGCAAAAUGAUUGUUAAAGCCCCAGUCACGCAGGCCAACAGACCUGCCAGUGACCCCCUUUCAAACAAUGGUUGCUAGCAAAAAAUGUGUAUUCCCCAACUGGUUGGCAAGCAUACUAGCAUACUGCUGCAAUCGUGGUUUGAAUGGAAGUGGCAGAAUUGUCUACACACACCGGCCAGCUAGUCCCUG